GUCAAAAGAUUACGAUGGCCCCCAAAACGAAAGAGUCAACGUAAAAAAUGUACCGUUGAAUUACAGGAAGUUAAAGCCGCCGACUCCCAAAAAAAAAAAAAUCCGCGAAUACCCGAUUGGCUGAUCUCUAAAACCCUAGGAAAAAAGUCAAUCCCUUUACUGUUUCAUUGCUAUGGCAAGGGCGGCUCUUCUCUGUUUGUUAAGACAUCGCACCGCCGCUGCCACCUCCACCUCACCUCUCUCCACGUAUAGAUGCCAGCUGAAGACUAGCAAUAGUAAGACACCAGCAGCUGGGGUUGGGCGGGCAAGUUUUUGCAGACCUUUCAGUUCAAAAGCUGCUGUAAAUGAUGUUAUUGGUAUGGAUUUCGCGAAUACGGAUUCGGGUGUUGCAGUCAUGGAAGGAAAGGAACGACUUGACCCGUUUUCACUUGUUGCUGAUGAACUGUCAGUUAUUGCUAGCAGGUUGCGGUCAAUGGUUGUUGUUGAAGUUCCUAAUCUUGCUUCAGCUGCUGAAUACUUCUUCAAAAUUGGGGUAGAAGGAAAGAGGUUUCGUCCCACGGUUUUGCUUUUGAUGGCAACAGCUUUGAAUGUGCAUGUACCUGAACUACCUCCUGCUGGAGUUGGAGAUACCUUACCAACUGAUUUACGUACAUGUCAGCAGCGCAUAGCUGAGAUCACAGAGAUGAUCCAUGUGGCAAGCCUCCUUCAUGAUGAUGUCUUGGAUGAUGCAGACAAAAGACGUGGUGUUGGUUCAUUAAAUGCUGUAACGGGCAAUAAGUUGGCUGUGUUAGCAGGAGAUUUCCUGCUUUCUCGAGCAUGUUUGGCCCUUGCUUCUUUGAAAAAUACAGAGGUUGUCACCUUAAUUGCAACAGUUGUGGAGAAUCUUGUUACAGGUGAAACCAUGCAACUUACAACUGCUUCUAAACAACGUUUUAGCAUGGAAUAUUACAUGCAGAAGACAUACAACAAGACUGCAUCCUUGUUAUCAAACAGCUGCAAGUCUAUUGCUAUUCUUGCUGGGCACACGGCAGAAGUUGCAAUGUUGGCCUUUGAGUAUGGCAAAAAUCUGGGAUUAGCAUUUCAAUUGAUAGAUGAUGUUCUUGAUUUCACAGGCACAUCAGCAUCCCUUGGAAAGGGUUCUUUAUCUGAUAUCCGACAUGGAAUCAUAACAGCUCCAAUCUUGUUUGCCAUGGAAGAAUUUCCUCAAUUGCGUGCAGUGGUUGACCAGGGAUUUGACAACCCUGCAAAUGUUGACAUAGCCCUUGAGUAUCUUGGGAAGAGUAGUGGAAUACAAAGGACCAAGGAACUAGCCAUGAAGCAUGCUAACCUUGCUGCAGCAGCGAUCGAUUCUCUACCCGAAAGUGAUGAUGAAGAUGUAAUAAGGUCACGGCAGGCACUUGUAGAUCUCACUCAAAGAGUAAUCACCAGAAAUAAGUGAAAAAAUAUUAUUAAAUUAGAUUAUAAUACAUUCUGCAACCUUUUUUGGUAGUAUGUUGUAGGUACCACAAGUUCAAGAAAAUUUUAGUUUUUGGCCCACUGAUAUUUGGUUUGUGGGUUUUUUUUU